CCAUAAACGCACUCGACCGAUCCGUAGUGUGCGGGCAGCAAAUUGUUGACCUCGCCUCGAAACACAAAACCCUGCGGCAUGUGCUUCUGAGACCAAAAGCCAAAUUCUUUCGAUCAAGAGAAAAGAACACGAGUGGAAGACCCAGGGAUCAAUGUUUCAGCAUCGCCCGGAGGCCUCGGUCAGCACCAGUUCUAGCGAUGGCAGCAGUGGCGGAGUGCUAAAGAGUAAAAAAGAGCUACGACAGGAGCGGAAGAAGCGUAAACUGCUGGCCCUGUCUGCGGUGAUGAUGCUCAACGAACAGCAGCGCAUCGGAAAGCACAACAGAUUGUUACCUCCAUCAGUGGACGGCGACGGUGAUACUCGUUGCACUGCCUUCGACCAGCAAGCUACAUCCGAGUGUAACGGCGAGAAACUGAGGACCAUUUUAGCACAACAUCAUACCGCGUUUGACAUUGUCCCGGAGGAAGAAGCGAACGCGAACGGAGGACGCAACGAGCAGGAACGUGAGACGGGAGAGAAAAAGCGAAAGAAGCAGUCGGAAGAUAAGAAUAGGCAGACGGGUGAAGUGGAUCAACAAGACGAGUACCGAGCCCUUAAAGCGUACGUGAAUCAGAAGAAAGCUAUGCGCUACUCACCAACUAUUUCGCUCCGGCCGGUCGGCGAGGAUGCACUGUUGGAUCGCAAACCGAAAGACAAUCGUAUUCCGCUGCUGCUCGAUGAUAUCCAGGCGCUGCUUAUGCACACCCUGCUACGUACCGAUUCUCCGACGACGCCACGCUGGCUAACAAUACAAAAGAGCCUUCGCCUCACGCACACGACGGCGCUGAUUGUGGAAGGGUUCUCGUGCGAGGACUAUGUUUCGCUGCGUGAGCAUAUGCCGCGAAGCUCGAAAUCCAUCUUCAACGCGCAAACCGUACUGCAGGUCGUCUGUCCAGCGGCGAAGAUCAUCGAAGAGAUAGCCUGUGUUCCGUUGAGCGAUGUGCACCGCGAUAUUCUGGUGGCCGAAUAUGGAUCGUUGGAGGCGGCAAUGAAAUCCUGCAAAGAUCAGAUGCUUAUCCAGAAGAGCAUUUUUUCCAACAUUGCCCAGACAUCGCAGUUAUUGACCAAGGGUACAGACUACAGCGAUUUGAAACUACCACCCGGAGAUGCGUUCCCGCGUACCCUUCUGCUACUUUCGCCCAUCCAGAUGAUCAAUGAGGGUUUCCCGCUCCCGCUCACGGGCACACUUCAGCACAUGUACAAGGAUUAUGUGACGACUAGCGACAUGUACAAACCCGUCACACCCUGGUCGCCCAUGUUCGGGAUCGAUUGUGAAAUGUGCGGGACGGCCGAUGGCAGCUCCGUAUUGACCCGUAUCUCUGUGGUCAAUGAAGAGGGCACGCCGGUGUACGAUAAGUUGGUGAAACCAUUCAAACGGAUCACCGAUUAUCGGACUCGGUUUUCGGGUAUUACGGAGGAAAUGUUACGUUCUGUUACGACGCGGCUUGCGGAUGUGCAGCGAGAUAUACGAGCGCUAUUACCACCGGAUGCAAUCUUGAUCGGCCAAUCGCUCAACAGCGAUCUCGAUGCGAUGCAAAUGAUGCACCCGUAUGUGAUCGAUACGAGCAUUGUGUUCAAUGUAACCGGUAAUCCAGCGACCAAGACGAAGCUUCAAGUCCUAUCGAAAAAGUUCCUCGAGCGUAACAUCCAGUGCGGUACCGAUGGUCACAAUCCGAUCGAAGAUUGCAGCGCCUGCUUAGCCCUGGUAAAGCAGAAGCUGUCGAAGAACCUCUACUACGGUGACCGGUGGUUACUAGAUCGGCAAAACUACUUCAGUCUCGUCACCGCCGAUAAGGGUAGCCGAGUAGGCAUUGCCGAACCCGAAACGCUCAUGCAAAUCGAUAAACAGCAGCUACAACCAACACCCAACAGUGCGACAGCGACUAAGAACAAGGAGAUGGUCAGUGAAGGCAACAAUAACGGCGAUGGUGACACUGGUGGUAAUGAUAGGGCAGAGGAAACCAAUAAGCUGCACCAGCAAAUUACCUCAACACUGUUUGCGCACGCCAAGAAGCGCAACAAACGGUCCACCAUAGUCACCAACGAUGGCGAGUUGGGCAACUUUGAAGCCUACUUCGGGAACGCCUUACGAAAUGCAGUCACCUCGUCUACCAAACCGCAGCAGCAGCUUUCCUUCAUUCGCAAAGAGACAGCUCAGGAAACGAUCGACCAGACGGCAGCCGAUUGUUUGCAGUACGAUUUCAACCUGUCCUACGUCAAAUUGUCACCGCCGACUGCGGCCGAGGAAAGAGUUGCCAUGGCAAAACAGGUGGACGGUUGGAUUAACCAGCUUUACACUGCACUUUCGCUUAACGGGCUGCUAGUGAUUCUGCUGGUCGGCAAGGAAGAAGUGCCGUUGAGCAAGUCCGGACAUCGUAUGGGUGUGGUCAUGGUACAGACGAAGAAACACUAACCUGCCACCGAGCUUCGGUAUUUUUUUGUUGUUUUUAGCGCGGCAAUGAAAUUGAUUGAUGCUGUUAUUAAGAUGAAAGGUGUACCCGUUGAUGUUAAACGCUGAUAGGAUUAUGGCAGUAAUAUAUUUCGGAAUUCAAUAAAAUAUAUCCUUUUUUGAUAUU